UUCAUGAGAUGAUGAGGCCUAGCUACAGUACACCUCCUAUGCAUGGAAUGAUGAAAAGGUCCAUGCCUAGACCUCAAUCUCAUACCCUGCUUGCCUUUUCCUUCUGGUGCAUACAUCUCUUGUGUUUGGUGGAGAGAUGCAAAACUCAAGCUAUAAGUAAUGCUAGGACAGAUCCAUCUGAAGUGGCUAUUCUAAAUUCCAUCUUUCAGCAAUGGAACAUUUCCGCAUCAUCUGAUUGGAAUAUAAGUGGGGAACUGUGUAGCGGGUCUGCUCUCACGGGAAUGGGCGAAUUGAACCUUGGGAUUGAAUGCCAAUGCACUUUCAACAAUGGAUCCAUCUGUCGCAUAACGAAACUGAAAGUCGAUAGUCAGAUUUCAACAGGUCACAUUAUUCCGGGAGCCAUUGGGAAACUGACUCAUCUCACAGUCCUGAAUUUGCGUGGAAACUAUUUAACAGGUCCCUUGCCUUCAUCUAUCGGCAACUUAAGGGCCUUGCAGGACUUGACUCUUGAUACCAAUUUGUUGUCUGGAAGGAUCCCAAAGGAACUUGGAAAUCUUAGAAAUCUAACCAACUUGGGCAUGGGCACCAAUAGUUUCAGUGGGUCACUCCCUCCAGAGAUGGGGAAUUUGGUAAAUUUGCAAGGACUUUACUUGGACAGUAUCGGUGUGAGUGGUCCAAUUCCUUCGACAUUUGCCAAUCUAGUAAACUUGGAGACACUGUGGGUCUUUGAUAAUGAGCACACGGGCACCAUACCUGACUUCAUAGGGAAUUGGAGCAAGCUUAAAAUUUUGUAUUUGCAUGGGAAUGCUUUCCAAGGUCCGAUACCUUCCAGUCUUUCCAAUUUAGUAUCCCUAACUGAUUUGCGAAUUGGUGAAAUAACGAGCGGAAUCUCAUCUUUGGCAUUGAUCAAGAGCAUGAGGAGCUUAACCACUUUAAUCUUGAGAAACAGUAAGAUAUCAGGCACAAUUCCAUUCAACAUUGGACAGUACCGAUCAUUACAAUAUCUGGAUUUAAGCUUUAACAAUUUAACUGGUGAAAUUCCAAGUUCGUUGUUCGAUAUGAGUUCGCUAACAAACUUGUUUCUUGGAAACAAUAAUCUAUCUGGUAGCCUUCCUUCUAGGAAAAGCUCAUCACUCAAGACCAUAGAUUUAUCAUACAAUCAAUUAUCAGGAAGCUUUCCCUCUUGGAUCACACAAGGCUUGCAACUGAACCUGGUUGCUAACAACUUCGACGUUAGUAGUUUUAAUAACAGGUAUUUUACAAAUGAUGCCGUUCUACUCAUCUCGACAUACUUCUUUGCCUUGGGGAUUGAAUUGUCUUCAACGGGACUUUUCAUGCUAUCAAGAUUCUCUAACCGCACAGACCCUUUGAGAUUCGAGCCCCAAGGGGCAUUUACUUCCAAAUACAGACCGAUCUCUAAGGAGGUCGAUGCAACUGUAAGGACACUAAAAGAGAAUGCAACUGUCCAUAAGCACUCAGAAGAGGUCACGCUCAAUGCUAUCAUGAGUGGGCUGAGGGAUAAGGAGUUCCUCAUCUCGCUGGACAAGAAUCAUCCCACAACAAUGGUCGAACUACUGAAUAGGUCACAGAAGUAUGCUAAUGCUGAAGAGUCUCGGAUCCUACGAGACGUCGUCCAGAACAAGGUUCCUCCAACAAAUGAACAACACGUAAAGGCAGAGCCAAGCUUAGCCAAUACGAGUAGGAAGAGGGAGGAUGACCGAUCGCGGGACGAUCGUAGGCCAAACAAGCAGCCCGACAAUAAGUUCAAAACUUACACCUCUCUCAACAAAACACCAAAACAAGUUCUAAUGGAAAUCAAAGAAAAGCGUAUCCUCCAUUGGCCAAACAAGUUGAAGUCCAAUCCCAAUAAGAGGAGCAAAAGCAAGUAUUGCUUCUUCCAUCAAGAUCACAAACAUAACACGAGCGAUUUUUCCAACCUCAAGCAAGAGAUUGAAGCACUCAUUCGUGACGGCCAUCUCGGGGAGUAUGUGAACUGUAAAGGAGACAGGGUUACAACAACAGAUGAGCAGUCAAUCAACAAUAAACCGACUGGGGAGAUCCGCGCUAUCUUCAGAGGCCAUGAAGGUGGAGGUGACUUGAAAAAUGCUCGGAAGGCAUACGCUAGAAGCAUUGGUCGUCCCGAAGAAGAAGUCUUGCUAAUCGGGAGACCUCUAAAAGAACAAAAAGUGGAGAAGCAUAACAUGAACUUCACUGAAGAAGAUGCCCGAGGAAUCCACCACCCACAUGAUGAUGCUCUAGUGGUUACCCUGACCAUAGCCAAUCGAAAGGUGUUUCGGAUCCUCAUCGACACCGGAUCGUCUGCUAAUGUGCUCUUCGUCCAGGCUUUCAACAAGAUGGGACUAGGGACGGGCAAACUAAGUCACCACGAUGGUCGACUUCUUGGUAAUAGAUUGUCGUCUGUUUACAACACUAUCCUUGGUCGACAAUCUCUGAAUGCCCUGCGAGCUGUGGUCUCGACCUUUCACCUAGCCAUGAAGUUCCCGACCGAUCAAGGGGUCAGGUUAGUAAAGGGCGACCAACAUGAUGCCCGACAGUGCUACGGAAUGGCACUAAAAACCUCGCACCAAACGAUGACUAUUACUUCCUUGGAUCCGCAUAAAGAAUCCAAGGAAAGAAGUCGCCCCAUGAAAGACCUUGUUCCCAUUCCAGUGGACGAGUCUGACCCAUCUAAAACUGUCCAAAUUGGGUCUUCCCUAACAACACCGCUACGGGAUAACAUGGUAGCUCUCCUCCAACAAUUCGCAGACAUCUUCGCAUGGUUUCACAAAGACAUGCCUGACAUCGACUCCAAGAUCAGUGUACAUCGACUGAACGCCGACCCCGCUCACCGAACAAUUCGACAGAGGCGUCGUGUGCUCGGUUCCAAAAGAUACGCAGUGAUCGGAGAAGAAGUCAAUAAACUUCUUAAGGCCAAGUUCAUUGAGGAAUUUUCGGUUGUGAGAGAAGGCACUUUACAAAAAGUACAGGAAGACGGAGAUGGAAAGAUGAUGACAAAUGGUGAAAUAACAGUGCCAGAAGGGGUGGAGCUGGGUCCCGGAGAAGAAACUUCAAAAGAUUCUGCAUUUGCAAUAAAUUGUGGCGGUCCAGAGAUAACAUCGGCAGAUGGAAUGGUGUAUGAUGGUGAUGUCGAUGCUCUCGGUCCAGCAACAUAUUAUCUAGACAACGUGAGAAGGGUGGCCGUCAGUAAUGUUGUGGUGCAUCGUAACAACGAAAAUGACUUGAAGACUGCAAACUAUCAGUCUCGGAUUACGAAUACUUCAGACCCAGAGCUGUUUCGGACAACAAGGAUAUCACAAGGAUCGCUGAGAUACUACAAGCUUGGGCUUGUGAACGGAGAAUAUAAAGUGACUCUACAAUUCGCUGAGAUACACCUGAUAGAUUCAAAUGCUAAGAGUGGCUUAGGAAGGCGUGUCUUGGACAUUUCCGCAGAUUCAAACACUCCAAAGGCCUUAGGAAGACGCGUAUUCGACAUUUUUUCCCAGGGUAAUCUCCAAUUGAAAGAUUUUGAUAUAAGAAAGACGGCAGGUGGAGUCUCUAAUAGAGCAGUUUUGAAGAGUUUCAAGGUUAAUGUAUCUAAGAAUUUCCUUGACAUCCAUCUCUUUUGGGCUGGAAAAGGGACUUGUUGCAUACCUGCUGACGGUACUUAUGGGCCAUCCAUUGCGGCCAUCAACGUCACUCCACAAUUCCCACCGAAGCAAGCAGGAAAGAAGAGAAAAACUCUUUUGAUUGUUGGGACUGUAAUUGGUGCUGGUGCUUUGAGUUUUAUAUCCAUUUUUGCAAUAUUUAUUUGGAGACAAAGAAGCAGGCACAUUGACGAAGAUAAAGAGCUUCUAGAAAUGGGUACCAAACCAAACACUUUUAGUUAUUCCGAACUGAGGACUGCGACCGGAGAUUUCAGUCUGGAAAAUAAGUUGGGAAUGGGAGGAUUUGGGGCUGUUUAUAAGGGCACACUUUCAGAUGGAAGGAUAGUAGCUGCGAAGCAACUCUCAGUGGCAUCUCAUCAUGGAAAUCGUCAGUUUGUAACAGAGAUUGUUACCAUAUCAGCGGUGCAGCACCGGAACCUUGUGAAGUUGUACGGAUGCUGCAUUGAUGGAGAUAAGCGCCUUUUGGUUUAUGAGUAUCUUGAAAACGGGAGUCUUGAUCAUGCACUCUUCGGAGACAGUAAGUUGCAUCUAAAUUGGCCCACCCGCUACAGAAUAUGCAUGGGUACAGCACGAGGCCUCACUUAUCUUCACGAGGAGUCAAGUCUCCGAAUCGUACAUAGAGAUAUCAAGGCCAGCAAUAUUUUGCUUGAUGCUGAUCUCAAUCCUAAGAUUUCAGAUUUUGGUUUGGCCAAACUAUAUGAUGCUAAGAAGACACACAUCAGCACACGGGUUGCAGGGACAUUUGGGUAUCUUGCACCGGAGUAUGCCUUGCGUGGGCAUCUGACAGAAAAGGCUGAUGUGUUUGGAUUUGGAGUCGUCGCACUUGAGAUUCUUAGUGGAAGGCCAAAUACAGAUACAAGCUUGGAUCAAUAUAAAUAUCUCCUCGAUUGGGCUUGGACUCUACACGAAGCUAACCGUCCAUUGGAACUGAUCGAUCCGACACUGUCUGAAUUUGACAACGGAGAAGCACUAAGAAUGAUCGGAGUAGCUCUUUUGUGCACUCAAACAUCUCCAGUGCUACGCCCGCCCAUGUCGCGUGUGGUGGCCAUGCUAUCAGGCGACGUCGAAGUAAGCAAUGUCACAUCGCGGCCCAGCUACUUAACUUUGUGGCAAUUCAAUGACUUAACCAACUCCCUGAGCGACUAUAUGUCAAGAGGGUCUAUGGGAAUAACAAUGGAAGGCCAAUGUGACAUGUCGAACAAUUCGAGCUGGUCUACUCCUGCGGAACGCUUGCCUCUACCCACUCAACCAUUUUUGCAAGAGAUCAUUGGAGAAAGACAGGGCUGAUCGACUUUUCUAAGCUGUGCAUGCAUUUCUUCAAGUUAUCCUCUCACUGUUAUGAAUCUUUGUUCAUAUCUUUUAUUUGGAUGUUGAAUGAAUCUUAUCAGGCAGUAUGUAUGUGUCAUAGUUCGAAACGCUGAAACUCGACUUGACCCAAUGUCCUGCUGGGUCGGGAUGACUCUAAGACUCAGUUGAAUCUUAAAUUAAGAUAGUAUUAAAUGUUUUUCAUUAUUAAAUAAUACAAGUAUCCAAAGAAAAUUGCAAGU